AUGUCCGCCGCUACCGUCUUCGACUCCACGUUGUUCGGCAACAUCUUCGGUACCGAGGAGGCUCGUCAAGCUUUCUCCGAGAGAUCUUAUGUUGCCAACCUGAUCAAGGCUGAGUGCGCUCUGGCUGAGGCCGAGGAAGCUGAGGGCAUCGUGCCCUCUGGUACGGCUGCUGUUCUCAGAGAGCACUGCGAUGUCUCCAAGAUUGACUGGCAGUUGCUUGCCGCCCGCACUGAGAUUGUUGGCUACCCAGUUCUUCCCUUGGUUGAGCAGAUGUCAAAAUGGGUGCCCGAGGAGACCUCCGGAUACAUCCACUGGGGUGCGACGACCCAAGAUAUCAUGGACCUUGCCUCAGUUUUGCAGAUGAAGCAUGGUCUUGAGAUCGUCGAGCGCCUCCUCCGCAAGGUCACCUCCACCCUCGAAAAUAUGUCCGCCGCCUACCGCGACGUGCCGAUGGCCGGCAGAACCCACUUGCAGCACGCCCUUCCCAUCACCUUCGGAUAUAAGUGCGCCGUCUGGCUUGCUGGCUUCCGCCGUCACGUCAAGCGUCUCGAGCAGAUCAAGGAGAGCUGCCUUCUUGUUCAAUUCGGCGGUGCUGCUGGAACUCUGGCUUCUUUGGGUACUUCUGACAGCGGUAUCCGCGUACGCAAGCGUUUGGCGACCAUUCUUGAGCUCCAGGACCCGGUUAUCACCUGGCACGUCGCGCGCGACACUGUUGCGGAAAUCAUCAACUACCUUGCCCUGGUUGGCGGCAGCUUGGGCAAGAUUGCUCUUGACUUGAUUGUCAUGUCCUCAAAUGAGCUGAACGAGGUUGCAGAGCCCUACGUUCCUCACCGUGGCGCGUCCUCCACCAUGCCUCAGAAGCGUAACCCAAUCUCCAGCGAGGUAAUCCUCGCGCAGUCCAAGAUUCUUCGUGCCCAGGCUGGCCUGGUACUGGACGGCAUGGUCUCCGAUUUUGAGAGAGCAUCUGGCCCUUGGCACUUGGAAUGGGCUGCCAUUCCCACUGCAUUCAUCUCCAUUGUUGGUUCUCUUCACCAGGCUGAGUUCGCUCUUUCUGGCCUGCAAGUCAACAAGGAUGCCAUGUUGGCCAACCUGAAGUCUACGCGUGGUUUGAUCGUCGCUGAAGCUGUGAUGAUGGACCUGGCUAAGUACACUGGUCGCCAAGAGGCACAUGAGAUUGUCUACAAGGCCUGUGUCGAGGCUCAUGAGAACAGUAUUUCCCUGCAAGAGGCUUUGGAGAAGUCAUCACAAGUCACAGAACACCUUGCCUCAACGGAUCUCUCCAAGCUGUGCGAUCCCACCAAGUACUUGGGAUGCUGUCAACUGAUGCUUGACGAGCUCCUGGGACAGAAGACUGUUCAAGUCAAUGGCAAUAGCAACGCCACAAAUGGCACACAUUAUGACCGCUGUCGGCGAAGAAAAAUACGCUGCUAUGGGGAUGGCGAGAAGUGCACGCCCUGCACCGUGGGCGGUGUCGCCUGCGUGGUAUCAACCAAGCUCAAGCGCAACCGAAAGAGAAAAAGUUACUACGAGAAUGAAGUUGUUGAUGAAAGACGGAGCGGGUCAGCUCCGGUGAGAACCCCCGAAUCAGCGGCCGGUGUGGUGGACUCGGCUUUGAAUCCAACAGAACCUUCACAAUCGCGAAUGGUCGGGCAAUCCCAGUCAAGCGUUUUAGUAUCGAACGCCUCCGACAGGUCGACAUCAACAUGGCUACGUCGUGCAGACCUGGUAUCAAUCGCGAGGUCAAGACAGGGCCCUGAGCCUGUGAUUGGCCACAUGGGCCGACUGAUCUCCAACGAUGAUCAGAUCGCCAUGUUCGCAGGGUCUUCGACUGGGGUUCACUUCAUCAGUCAAGCUGAACAACAGUUGCAGAUGCUCCGGAUACACACCGACACGUUUCCAAGCAGUGUGUAUAGCCUAUACUUACACAACAUCUGGGGUAACCCGCCGAAAGACUCCGAGGCGCACUUGAUUGGUGCGAUGGUUGCUCAGUUCCCUCGCAACGCUGCCGAUAUCCUCGAGGCCACGAUUGAUCGCUGGACACCGCUUUAUCCUAUCGUACACAAGCAUUCGACUUUGGAAGCAUUUAACAGGCUUCGAGAUGAUCCGGAGAAUUGCGAUCUCAGUAUUCUGCACCAGGUUCUAGGGCUUCUGGCUUUGGGAACUCUGGGUCUUCCGGGGACUUGCACUCAGGCCCACGAGCACUUCCUAUGCUUGUCUGAGAAGUACUACCACAUGUCUGCAACUCUGACGAGCAAGCUGCAUGAGAGGCCCUCGUUACCAACGCUACAGGGACUAGAGAUUGCUCAGAUUUACCUCCAACUUUCGUCUCGGUACUCAGUCGCAUCUCAACUUGGUGGCAUGGCAACACGCAUGGCGCAGAAUCUCGGACUUCAUCGACACUCUCAGCGAUUUAAAUUUGAUCCCUUAGAGACAGAGCUGCGACGCCGCGUCUGGUGGUGCCAGUACUCUCUCGACGCAUUCUCGAGUGCCUACCAUGGAAUGCCGCGACUAAUACGGGACCAGGAUGUGGACACCGAUCUUCCUUCACGCGUAGACCAUGAUCAAGUAUCACGCGAAAGUGUUGCUUUCCCUCUUCCGGGGGAGCGGUCACAGGUUGACACAGCCUUGUGCAUGUUCAAGCUGGCAGUCAUUGUCGGAGAAGCUCUGGAAAAGCUGUACACGACAACUCGUCGACGUGGUGGCGUAGCCAAAAUCACGCAGUUGCAGGCCGAGCUCACCAUGUGGGAGCGAAUGUUGCCGACUGAGAAACUGACCGAUGCGGACGACGAUGGGGGAGACCUGCUUCCGGCAGUCAACAUCGACACGUUUGAAGUUGCCUUCCUGCGCGCCGCCUUCUGCAACGCAACGGUUCACAUUCAUCGACCAGCACUGGCUUUCACGACGUCUGAUCCGCAGUUUUCGGUCUCUCUUAUUGCUUGUGGCCGUGCCUCCGCGGAGCUCAUCCGUCUGUUUACGAUAGGAAUUGGCGACGAGACCACCCCUCGAAGACUGGACGCCGUCACCAUCGCACACCUUUAUCCAAAUGGCAUGCACAUGCUUUGGCAAGCUGGCUUGACUAUUCUCUUCGCAAGAUGGAAGGGCCAGCCAAUUACCACGGACGAAGAGGACGAGGAUUUAGUCAGGACAUGCGCGACGACCUUGCGCCACCUAAGAGCGGACGAUGCCAACGGCUACAUUACACAAUGCGCCGACGUACUAGAAAUGCUCCAAACAAAGACAUUCUCGUCGAAAGAAGCCCAGCCACCGGUGCUUGACCAGUUGCAAUGGAAUGUUUGGGACUGGCCGAUGGCAUCGGCGUUGGAGCUCGCAAACACACUCGACGCCAUGCCGUUGGAUCUCCAGUUCGAGCCUGGCUUGGGACUUUGA